AGUUCACGAACAGUCUCACAAUAGUCGUGUGUUAAAUAGAAGAAAAAUAAUAUUUGGCCAGUGUCGUUGUUUUGCGCGAGUCUUUUCAUAAUAAAAUAUUUUCAUUAAAAUUCAACAAAUUAAGAUUACAACAAUAAAUUGAAAAUCUAUUGACGAAAUCUGUGAUAUUUUGCAUGUGUGAUAUUUUCUCACUUUGAUUUUUUCUAUUGAAAUCGGGUAAUUUGUGUGUGUGAGUGCGAGUGUGUUGGGUCUAGCCGACAUUGACGACCUCGUUCGAGGCCAAUAUGCAAUGUUCUCGUUAAUUUUGCGGUUGAAGAAGAAAAUUCAUUCAAAUGCUCGUCGUUCGUUUUCGGUGAAUAGCAAGGGAAGUGUUUUUCCAUCGAAAAUAAAUUAAUGGCCCUCGAUGAAGUGAAAACGCAGCCAUGAUUCAUUUAGUGAAAAAAAUAAUUGUGAAUAUAAAAUCAGCCGUUGACGAAGUCGCAAUGGCUGUAACUUGUUAAUGGUUUUCGGGGGCUGGAAAAUGCAUUCAUUGUGUUUAACAGUGGAAAAAUGGAUAUGAUUGCCAACAACUGAAGAUAAUAACAAAUAUGGGAGAAAGUGACAACGAAGACAUCAAGACAAAGAAAAGUGGGAAUUCUGAAACGAAAUCGUCAACAACAAAACCACAAUCGCAAGAGGAACGAAGUGAUAUUGCAACCCGAAAUGGUGAUAUCGGUGUGGAGAGGACACGGAAUCGCGUGUCCUCCUCAUCGUCUUCGUCGACGGUGGGUGGCGGCGGUGGUUCGAGGGAUGAGACCCAUGCCGAGGCCACUGACACGAAGGAGGCCGCCAAUGCAAAACCGAAAAUAGACUCAAAAGGGCAUUCAAUUCUUCUGUCAGCAAAGGAUAGUCUGAAAGUCAAGGAACCGAUACGUGUGGGCUUCUAUGACAUCGAAAAGACAAUUGGAAAAGGAAAUUUUGCAGUAGUCAAGUUGGCAAGACAUCGUAUCACCAAAAAUGAGGUUGCAAUCAAAAUCAUUGAUAAAUCACAAUUGGAUGCUACGAACUUACAAAAGGUCUAUCGGGAAGUGGAAAUCAUGAAACGUCUCAACCAUCCGCAUAUUAUCAAAUUAUAUCAGGUGAUGGAGACGAAAAAUAUGAUUUAUAUCGUGUCCGAAUAUGCUAGUCAAGGUGAAAUAUUUGAUUACAUAGCAAAAUAUGGAAGGAUGUCGGAAAAUGCUGCACGCUAUAAAUUUUGGCAAAUAUUGUCAGCUGUGGAUUACUGCCACAAAAAAGGAAUUGUCCACAGAGAUCUUAAGGCUGAAAAUCUACUUUUGGACAAUAAUAUGAAUAUAAAAAUAGCAGAUUUUGGAUUUUCCAAUAAUUUUAAAGUUGGCGAAUUGCUAGCAACAUGGUGUGGCUCACCGCCGUAUGCUGCACCCGAAGUAUUCGAGGGAAAACAGUACACCGGUCCGGAGAUUGAUAUAUGGUCUCUUGGCGUGGUUUUGUAUGUCCUGGUCUGUGGUGCUUUGCCAUUUGAUGGCUCAACGUUACAAAGCCUCCGAGAUCGGGUGCUAUCUGGCCGCUUUCGCAUACCAUUUUUUAUGUCUUCAGAAUGCGAGCAUUUAAUACGACGCAUGCUUGUAUUGGAACCAUCGCGCCGCUACACAAUCGAACAGAUCAAAUUGCACCGUUGGAUGUGCCCCGAAAUACUGGAAUUGUCGAAUAUAGCCAAAUUCAAUGUCAACAUGGACGGUACUACGAACAUUGAACCCAACGAGGACAUCUUGCGCAUUAUGUCUGAAUUCGCUGGCAUACCACCGGAAAAAACUCGUUCUAGUCUUAAAAAGAACAGUUACGACCAUGUCGCUGCCAUUUAUUUACUACUCCAGGAUCGAGUCUACAACAAGAAACUGCAGCAGGAGCAGAAACACAUGCUAGGGAGUGCCACCUGCAGUACUGGAAGUACUGCCUCCAUUUCACUGCCAAAACAUUCAAGUAUAAGUAAACAGCAUGCCCUAGCUGGUUCCACACUCUCCCAGCUGUCUGCGGUAUCCUCGACCGCUGCAGCCCAUCAGUAUUCCUCGAAAAUGCUGUACAAACAGACCAAAUCAAGUUCUACGGAUCAGCAUCACCGUCUCAAGUCCGGCCAUGUUCUACCGCCAGAGGAACACAAUCAAUUCGUCAGGGAUCAUUACAGUCUCAUGACAAGGUUGAGCCGGCAGACGUUAUUGGGCGAACGCGGUGUCACCACCACGAAUGCUGAUCACGUACUGCAGCCCAAGAUGCCCGACAGUCAGAUGCGGUAUCAUUUCGAACGGUUGGGUCGAAUGUCUCGCCAAGAUCUGAGCAGCAGCCAGCUGCCCAUAGGUAGUUCAACAUACGGCAUAGACAAUAACAAACACUCGAUAUCCAAUUUAAAUUGCCGAGACAUUGGCUCCUCCAAUCAUUGCUUGAAUGGCGGUCUGCCAACAGCAACAACAACAACAACUCUUAGAUAUGCAGACGAUCGUUCAAUGCGCGAACGUCUCUUUGGGGGAGUUGGAACAGCAGGAGCUACAAACUUCAACAUCGAGGAAAGUAUCCUAAAACAGAGUUCAGAAGACUGUAGGCUUUUGUUACAAAAGGCCACUGCCAUAUCCGAAUCCAAAAACAAUAAACACAAAACCAAAACGACUGAAGCCAAACAAAAGUCCGACACGAAGCUCAGCGAUUCUAAGUCUAUUUCAAGCUCAACUAGUUUCGAUUCCUCGUCAAAUUUAGAUCAAAGUCUUAGUUUUCGAUUCAAAAUGUCUGCAGAGGCGACAAAACUGUUCCAGACAUUGCAGGAAAGUCCCCUGCCACUGGAGAGCCCAACGCAAGAGAAUGAGGGCGAAACCAAUCCCAGUGUUACAAUAAAUUUUAAUAACGAUCGCACGACACCACAAUCAUCUGAGAAGGGUAAAUCGAAGAAAAAUUAUUCCAGCACCAAUGACAACGAAAAGUCUACAACGAAGAGUUCUUCGAACAAAAAGGUUUCGGCUCAAUGUAGUUCGAGUACUGAUGAGGGUUGUGAAACUGACAUGGGUAACGAUGCCAAAGAUACUUCGCAAUCCUCUACGGACUUGCGCAAUCAACGUAUACAGUCAUACGCAAGUAGCAGUUCAUCAAGUGGUGUUAUCGGAAGUUACUCCAAGAGUCUCAGCCAAAACCUAAGCCGGGCAUCGUCGAAAAGCAACUGCUCCACAUUCGAGAGCAUUGACUUCAAUUUAGUUACCAGCAUCGAUUUGGCCGGUAGCUUGCCAUCGUGUGCGAGUAACUCGACCAUUGCCGCUGCGGUGUCGGGAGCCAGUGGCAGUGCAACACCCGAACAGUCAUCAGAAGGCUCCUUCUACAACAGCAAUAACUCAUGCGUGUACAUGCCCCCUGUCACAAGCACAUCAUCCAUGCUGUCGACCAAAUCCACGCCCUAUUCGGACAAACGAUCUCCAAUACAUUUUCGGGAAGGUCGCCGUGCCAGCGAUGGUCUAGUUGCCCAGGGCAUUGUCAGCUCCACGGGACCGCUGCACAAUGGCUCUGCCUAUGGCAGCUAUCGCUAUGAUACCCCAAACAAGCGAAAUGGCUGGCUCGAACUACAGCAGCUGCAACGCGAAGCCCACACUCUCAAUUCCAAGUACAGAUCCAAUCUGCCAAUGGACGAAUUCAAUAACUGUCAAUUCCAGCAUAGUCAAUUUUACACCCUGUCAAACAGAAUACCUGCUAUGGAUUUCCAUCCAACAUAUACAUCGCAUUUGAUGCGAACCAUGGAUAACAUGGAAAACUUUCCCGAAAAAAACGGCGGUCCAUUUCACCCGUCUCUCUACCAUUACAUGCGCAUGGACGCUACCCAGAAUGCUUACCCCGGCAGUUUGCCGCGACAAGAUCCUAAUCUCAUUCUAAGCCAGAUGAACCCUGCCACGGCAAUGUUGCCAAUGCAGAAACCGCCAUUGCAGCAACAACUGUUGCAGCAUAGAUUGCUGCAACAAAAACGUCAAUUGUUUCAGAAGCAAUACGCUUUGGAGGCCCACUUGGGUCGUCCUCAUCACCUAAUAAGGGAGCACAGCUACAAACUUGGCGCGCAUCCGUCUCACGCUGUUACCCCGACGUCCACGCCGCCUCCUCCACCACCGCCUGCCGUCAUGCCUCACAACGAUGACUUUGUACAGUUGCAAAUGUUUGAACGCAGCAGUGGCAAGCUUCAUCACAAUUCCCUGACACCGUUAGCGGUGUACAAUCAUCAUCACCAGCACAGCAUCAAUAGCUACAUGAAGACGACAUACAUUAAGCAACAGUCGGCAGAUGUGGCCGUAAUACCGCCAAUUGUCCAAGGCAGGAGGAGUCCCAACAUAAACCGACAUGCUUCGGAAAUAUGGUCAGCGACCGGAGCCCAUGUGGCUGGGAGUGGCAUGGCAACAGCAGGAGGAACAACGCCGCUAUUAGAUCAUCGCAAAAUGUCUCCAGUGAAAUUGGAAAAUGGCGGUAGUCGUGGAACCGUCUCAACACCGUCACCCUCCCCAUCUGUAUUACCACCGCAUGCAUACCAUCCAUCGUCAUGUACAACAACACCAUCACUAGCACUAUCAUCAUCAUCGUCUGUGGCUGCUCUAGCUUCAGCGUCGCUGGCACCCGCCUCAUCAUCCUCCAUCAAUCCAUCCACCUCGAACACCUGUUCCUCCUCAUCCUCGUCCUCCACCGCAUCGUCGGCAUCGGCAUCGUCAUCAUCAUCAUCCACGUCAUCAUCAUGCUCAACCAAUACGACAAACACAGCCCCUCUAUCGAAAAAACCACCACCAAUGCAAGCAUCCGCAACGGCUUCUUCACAAAUAAAUUUAUACACACCAAAUUGGCAGACUGUUAUCAAACCGCUUAGCGAAAGUCCCAUACUCGAAAUUGCAGAGCAUUUGGAAUCGGUGUAAGGCUUUUAGUUUUGUUUGUUACUCAAUUCUGCGCCUAUUUAUCGAUCUAUCUAUCUACUGUUUUAUAUCUGCAUACCUAUAUACAAGCAUACAGACAUAUGGAGUAUAUUUAAACAUAAAUACUAUAAAUAAUAUAAUCUAUACAUACAUACAUACGUACAUACAUAUAUUGGUAUACAAUAUGCUAUUAUUAUAUACUAAACAUAGGUAUUGCGAUUAUAAAUAUAUCUACUAUGUAGUUAGCAUUCAAAGUUCCCAAUGUGCGUAGAAGGGGAAACGAUUUUUGUGCAUUUAAGGUUACUCUGGUUGUCCCAUAAAUCAUUAGAAGUUUUUUAACGACUGUACAGUGGGGUUACAACCUAAAAAUAAACCCGUCGUUUCGGUCAAUUGAAAGGUUCCAGCACCGACUAACUACUGUUUUUGAUAGUUUGUUUAUUUAUUUAAAAAUUAAGUUAUUGACUCAGUGAACAAAUAUUUGAAGGAAAUGACAUGCCGUUGAAAUAAGGUAUUAGGACAAAUUGUAGCAUUUUGGAAAGGUGAGAGUGUCAGCUAUAAUUUGGCAUUAAUUUUGUUGACCCCCAUAAUGGGCCCUUUUUCGACUUUUUGGGGGUUUUAUAAAAAAUCCUGGUCUAAAAAAUCUAUAAUUUGACUAUAACUUCCAAAUCGCUUUACAAAAAAACUAGAAAAAAGUUUAUGUGAAAAAAAAAAUAUGUAGAGGCGAUGCUCCCAAAAUACAAAUGUCAAAAAAAUAAAAACACAAUUAAAAACAGCAUUACGAAUACUUUUUUCAGUAAACUAAAAAAGUUGGACCUAAAAUAGUAUUCCAUUGACAUUUACAGUUAAACGAAUGUGACAUUUGCUGUUAAAAUAUCUUAACAUUGCUAAAGGCUAGUAUCUAGCAUGUUACAAUAAGGAGGUAGAACAGCUUCGUAAAACUACAGAAAUACAGCUCUGAGGCUAUGCCCGCUUUCUGUCAGAAUUAUUUUAAUUUAUAAGCAACAAGUUGUUUUUAUUUAUUUGGUAUUUUUUGUUCAUUUCUAAAAUGAAUCAAAUAGCGCGAAAGAUGAAUGAAAUGCCUGGAUGUUCUCUCAGAAAUAUGAUCCUAAGUCUUCAAUCUUUCAUUUCCAUGGCAAAUCUAGUUAAUAUUAUUAAUGCGCGCUCCGCAAUUUAAGUUUCUUCCAAUCAUUGAUUUUGAAAAUAUUUUGUUUUUUUUUUCAAAACAACAAAUAAAUACACUAAAUUGGGCACACUUAGAAAAAAAAUUGAAAUCAGCUGGGUGCCCUACCUUACCUUUUUAUUGUACCAUGGCAUAGACAAAUGAAAAUAUAGACAACGAAAUGCUCUCACCGUUUAUCUUCGAAAAAAAUCGAAUCAGCAGAUGUCGUCUAUAUCGUUUCAGGGGUUUGAGUGGGAAUAUUGAAAUCACUCAAUUCUAAAACGUUAAAAAUAACAAAAACUGUAGGAUAUUUGUCAGUUGGAAAUUGUUCCAUAAUAAAAUAAAUGUGGAAAUUACGAGAUGACAUCAAAAAAUUCCGGAAUAAUCAAGUGAAAUUCUUGAAAAACGAUGAAAUGUGUUUUCGAAGUCGAGUGGCUUGAACGCGUAAAUGAGCAUGUUGACUAUGCAAAACAUGAUGAGAGCCACCUGGAAAAAAAGACCAAACUAACUUUUCGUUGUCUAUAUCUUAAUUUGUCUAUGACCAUGGUAUCUAGUACCAAAGACAUAAAACUAUAAAGAUUGGACAAAAUGCAUAUGGGCAUUAAUUUUUCUAUCAGGUAAUAGGUGGCAGGCGACAUAACAGACAUUUGGACAUUUUAGAAAAAUAUGUUAUUUCGAUAUCGCCGAAAAAUGGCGGAAAUACGCGGAAAAAAUAUCAGGUAUGCCAUACAUGCCAUAGACAAAUGAAAAUAUAGACAACGAAAUACUCUCACCGUUCAUCUUCGAAAAAAAUCGGAUCAGCAGAUGUCGUCUAUAUCGUUUCAGGGGUUUGAGUGGGAAUUUUGAAGUCACUCAAUUCUAAAACGUUAAAAUUAACAAAAACUGUAGGAUAUUUGUCAGUUGAAAAUUCUUCCAUAAUAAAAGACAAGUGAAAACUAUGUAGUGACAUCGAAAAAUUCAGGAAUAAUCAAGUAAAAUUCUUGAAAACCGAUAAAAUGUGUUUUCGAAGUCGAGUGGCUUGAACGCGUAAAUAAGCAUGUUGACUAUGCAAAACAUGAUGAGCGCCAUCUGGAUAAAAUAACAAAACUAACUUUUCGUUGUCUAUAUCUUCAUUUGUCUAUGCAUUCAAUCGAUAAAAAUCAACAAUAACCCUUAAAAAGUGUCAGUUCUGUUAAAUUAUAACAUAAUGCUAUAUCACGAUAUCGUGACAUAACAUAUUUUUCCACUACCAACGCCAUUUCUAUUAAGUAUUUUAUAACAUACUUUAAGGCGCUUCACACAAUUAGUUAUCUUAAAGAGAAAGUGCAAGAGGAAGGAGCACAAGUGUAAGAUAAAUUUAAUAUAUGUAUGUUAUAUAGCACUGUACAGCAUGUAUUUUAUAUAGUAUAGCGUUUCGUUUAAGAUCUUUGAGAUUAAUCCACCUGCAGGCCAUAAUCUGUAACUUUUGCCGAUUAAAAAGUCUAUGUAGUGUCUUAUAUUUGCUCAUCUAUGUCUUUAAAAUGUAUCUGACAUUAUAAAAUAUUAAAAAAAAUGCACAGAUCGCGAUGCACUCGAUGAGAGAACUUUUAUCGCUGUAGAGAUAAAAUGACACCACAUGGCAUAACCAAGGUAAAUUUUAAUACUACAACACAGGAGGUGAAUUUAUAGCUUAGCCUUAUUCUGCUAGACAACAAAACUAUACACUUCAAUAUUAUGCACAAAAGAGAUACAUUUUUUUGCAGAUUUUUAAUUAUCAUGUCACCAUGUAAAUACACCCGGUGUAUAAUCUAGCUGUUCGUUUUUUUAAAUGUUCAAAAGCAAAGAAUUCAACUGACAUAAAAAAUCCAUAUUUAUACCCUACAACACUAUGUGUUGAUUGAGCCAGAAAUUAUGUAACACCUCGAAAUAUUGGUUUGCCACAUAGGAACCUAUAUAUGGAUCUUCCUAUCUCGCCGAGCUGAGUCCAUCUAGCUAUGUAUGUCCGUCCGUCUGUCCAUGUUAAUUUGUAAUCAAGCUACAGGUCGCAAUUAUGGUCCGAUCCUCAUUAAAUUGAACAUGGAGGUGGGGUCAGAAUAAAAGCCUAUUGUUUUUGGAGAUGGUUGCAAAAGUAUUUAGGGGUUUUUCCUGAUUUUGCAGUUGCUCUAUAGGCCACAAUUAUGAACCAAUCAAUGCGAAAAUUUACAUGGAGCUAGAGUUUAGGACUGGGCAGAAGCCUACCAAUUUGGCUUCGGCCAUAGGACAAUAUUUAGCGGGUAAAAUAGACCCAAACUUUUAUGUAAGAAAAUAUGAAAAUUGCCACUAAACCGAGAAUAUUUUUAAUCCCAGUCAUAUCAAGAAACAUUAAAAGAUCACUUCUGGGCAUUAAUGGGUACAAUAUAUAUGUAAAAGAAAUAGAUCUUCACAAUUCCCAUCCCGAUUUUCACAAUUCCCAUUAAUUCGGAAUGGUCUCUUGCCAGAAAAAGAAAAAAUCUAAAAAAAUCGCGGGAAAAUAUACCAAUAAAGAAGUGAAUAUUUUUUGUUCCAUUAUUUUCUAUUUUUGCCAAAUUUUUUAUCGCCUACGUUUUGAUAGUAUUAUAUACAUGCCACAAUUGUAGUCCGAUCCUCACGAAAUUUUUCAUAGGGGUCAGAAUUAAAGCCUAUUUACUAAAAAAAAUUAAAAUUUUCUAAUUUUGUAGUCGCUCUAUAGCCCACAAUUGAAAACCAAUCGACACGGAGUUUCGCAUAAGAAGAGAGUUAAGGACAGGGAAGAAGUCUAGCAUUUUUGAUGGAUUACAUUUAGCUGUAAAAUGGACCACAACUUUCGUGUGAAUUUUUUUUAAUACCUAACAACACGACGGAGUGCGUAAAUAUUGGCCAAAUUCCCCGGGACAGAAACCUAAGGGUAACAUCUGUGUAGGGCUCUUUGACAUUAUUUAAAAAACGAAAUCAUCCAAAACGGAUUCGGACAAAGGCGACCUCGAACAUAUUGUAAUGUUGUAGGGUAUCACAUGGUCGGUCCCGCUCGACUAUAGCCUUUGCUUAUUUGUUUUUUGAUAGAGAUGGAAGGAAAUACAGUAAAAUAAAGGUAAUAACCAAUGAAAUUCCCACAGCAGUCAGUUUUAUUAUAUCCCAAUACGUCUGCUCCGAAUUGCUUUGGUCUCUUUGCAUCUAUAAAAGGCUAGUUUUGGUAAGAUGUAGUGCUGGUGGUGUAUAUGGAUUCCACCGGAUGAAAACGAACAGUGGCUGCUGAGUUAGCAAAUCUCCAAGCUCUGAGUGAGCUGUGUUGUCCACAAAGUGUGGGAACAAAAAUUUAUUACAAAUGACAAAAGUAUCCUUCAAUGUUCACUCAUUCAUGCGAUUCUUUCACGCUGAAUAAAACUCUUGCAUAUAAUUGCUAUAACAAAAAAACAUACAAGAGCUUUAUCCCUCCACGUUCUUCAAAAGCCUGCAGAUGAUGAACGAGCUUGUUUUUAGAAAUCUUCCAACACCGAUUUGCUGACCUUCUAAUCAUAUUGGGAACUCUUAUAGAACGUUCUAUAAAUAUUUUAAUGUUAGUUGAGCUUAGUCACAGACUUUUAUUAUUAUCACUUUGCAGAGAAUUGAAAAAUGUAGCGCGGCUUUGCUUUGGUACUUAAUUUCUUUAAAUUGCUGAACAUAUAUCAUAAAUAUACUGAACAAUUUUGUACUUAACAAAUUAUAAUUACAUUGGAAUGUACAAUAACAUAGUCAAAUAUAAUUGUAUACAAAAAUAAAAA